AAAAUGGCUUUAAUUAACUCGAAACAAAAUUGAAAACUAUUUCCCAUGAAAAGGCACUAGUACAAGAUGAUUCCAAUAUAUGCCAUGAGAGGAGCUAGACUGAUAUGUCCAUUUCAACUAUCAAAUUUGAUAUUUCCAAACUUGUGUGUACACUUAAAACAGAGCUGAGGAUAAAGACAAACCCCCCUCUCAGACCUCAGUCUUCCUGCUGCUGCUGCACCAUUUCAGUAGAGAGGCCCUCACUCACCUCAUCUCUGACCAAAUUCCAAAGCUCCUUCCUUUAUUUCAAAAUCAACCCAUCUUCAUGUUUUUCUCUCUCUUUUUAAUGGUGUCAAAAUAUUGAAAAGCCUCUCUAGUCUAAAGUUCUUGUUUUUCUUUUCUUAAUUCUUAUAUGUUGGUAUAAAGUUUGCAUUUUUAGGAGUUCUUGGUUUGUGGGGUUUUGAAAAAACUCUUUAUUCCCAAGUUGUUGUUGUUUUUCUUUCUUAUGAUUGUGAAAAGUUUGUAUUUUUAGCAGUUCUUGGUUUGUGGGGUUUUGGAUAAACUCUGUAUUCUCAGGUUCUUGUUUUUUUUCCCCCUUAUGUUUGUGAAAAGUUUGCAUUUUUAGCAGUUCUUGGUUUGUGGGGUUUUGAAUAAACUCUGUAUUCUCAAGUUCUUGUUUUUUUCUGUCUUAUGUUGGUGUAAAGUUUGCAUUUUUAGCAGUUCUUGAUUUGUGGGGUUUUGAAGAAAAAAAUGGCAGAAGAAGAGGGUUGGGGUUGGCCACCAUCACCAACUGGUUCACCAAUGUACUUAACAAAAGAUGAUCAUUGGACUCAUUUUGAUAACUCUGUUAAUGCUGUUUCUUUUGGUUUUGUUGCCACUGCUAUUCUAAUCUCUAUGUUCCUUAUCAUGGCUAUCUUUGAGAGGUUCCUCAGACCACCUUCACCGCCGGAAUUGACUCCCUCCGGUGGUCACCGCCGGCAUGCUGACAUUGAGUCUCAGUUAGGGUUCAACCACAAACUUGGAUAUCCUACACCUAAAGUAUCUACAAAUGCCAAAGAAGUUUCAGUCUUGAUGCCAGGAAAUGACAUUCCAACUUUUAUUGCUCAUCCUGCUCCUGCACCUUGUCAACCGGAACGCAAUCCAUGGCCUUCCCAUCAGCAGAAUCCUAUACACCCUGUGUCCUAAACUCCAACUCCUAGCUAUUUUUAACUUGAUUGUGCGAACAUCUCAAGUGCCAGUUUUAUGGAAUUAUGAAAGGGUAACAUGAGCAUAUAUUUUGAGUUUCCCAGUUGGGAUUUUGGGUUAUGUACAUAGAAUUUUCUCAGCUGGUUAUCUCUCUUUUUUUUUUUUUGUACCCAAAGCUUUAAGUAAAGAAAUAGCUAAAGAGGUUUUAGCUUGUCUAUGUUGUCAAUAUGUUCCAUUCUCCAACAUUGAAUUAUUCAAAAUUGGUCUUCCCAAGAUA